AUGAAAAAAGACUCCCUCCUUCAAGAAGUUAAUGUUCGUUUAGCCGAGCAGAUCCCAAAAACAUCUAGUGAGCCUGAGCAGAUCCUAAAGGAAUCGCAUAAUGGUGUGAUUGGAGGUGUUAGCGGACUGGAGAAAGAAAUCAUAGUUAUGGAUUCCCAAUCCGAUACGCAGAAGAAGCAAAAGACAGGACUACCUCCUAUGAAACUUCGUCUUUUGGAUAUGGAUGAAGUCACAAAGCAUGAAUCAUCCCGAAAUGUAGGUCAUCCAGCAAUGACAUGGACAUUCGCUAUGGUUGUUACUGUGAAAAGUGUACAGAAGGAAAUAGAGGCAAGGCAAAAGCGUAAAGAAAAAAGUGCCUAA